UUUUGGGAUGGGGGAUUACUUCUCGCUUCUCUGAGUCUUCAAGAUCCCAUUAAUACCCCUCUACUAAACUGCUAACCCGUGGUAAUUUCGUGAAUUUAUUCAAAAUUGAGGUUGUUUCAGCUAAGGGUUGGAAGUUGGUCCUCCUUUUUGAUCACACCAUUCCCUACUUCUCUUCUCUCAAUUUUCUCUCUUUCCAAACAGAAUUACUCCAAUUUUCCAUCCCUAUAAUUCGUUCUCAAUAUUCUCUUACAAAAGUUUAUUUUUUCCUUAUUAGCAAUGAAAAAUUGUGAACUUUGUAAUGGAUUGGCUAGGAUAUACUGUGAAUCAGACCAGGCGAAUUUGUGUUGGGAAUGUGAUAUGAAGGUGCACUCGGCGAACUUUCUCGUAGCGAAGCACUCGAGGUCGUUACUAUGCCACGUGUGCCAAGCGCCAACAGCUUGGUCGGCUACAGGUACGAAGAUUGGCCGAACAAUCUCUCUAUGUGAGCGGUGCGCCAACGAAGAAGAAAAUAAAAAUGAUAUUGAGCAGGAGAUUGAUUUAGAGGAUAUUCAGGUUGUUCCGUGGUCAUCUACUCCGCCUCCACCACCGCCUUCGAGUUCAUCCAGCAGCGAUGAGGAGUCAUUGAAUAGCUAUGGAAGUUUCUCUUUGAAGCGAAUGCGUGAAGAUGAUGAUGAUAGUGGAACUUCAACAUCUCAUCGGGAAGUUGACGCGCCGCCGGAGGCGCGUGGCGGCGAUGAAGGGGCGGCGAUUGCUGUUGACUCAUUUUCAACGAGGAUGAGAACGCCUUCAAAGAUCCAGAGAACUGAAGAGAGGUUAACGGAUCGGGUCGGGUUGAAAUUGAAGAGAUCCAGUGUGGUAAAAGUUUAACGUCAUUUCUAGCUUUUAUUUUUAAUUUUGUAAUUCCAGAAAGUCAUUUCAACUUUUACUUACCCAAAUCUUGUAGUCAGUGAAUUUCACAUCAUAUAUGGUUAUUACUUAUUAAGAGAAGACUUAAUUUAUUCCA